CACGGCUCCAGGAAGUUCCCGCAGCACAGAUAGCUCGUUGCUAGCUGUCAAACACUGAGUCCCUGCAGAACUCAGUUUAAAAGACCGGACAGUAAAAACCGAAAUAAGCCACAGCAUCGCGCAGGACAAUGGGAUGAAACACAUUUGGAUUUGAGCAUCGUGGAUCUGUGUUUUAGCGAGAUUAAAAGCCAAAAUAAGAAAGCUACAUACUAGCCAACUGCUCGUGACACAUUAACAACACAACAAAACAGAAGAGUUUCAGUGUUUCUUUACUUGUAUCUGGACAUCGGACGGACACGGGACUCAAGAAGGAUGGAGUGGGACAAUUCUGGGACAUUUGACAAGAGUCAAGCUGGUUAAACAAAGACGUUAACGAUCUAUAUAACUGUUGUGUAGUAGUGGAUUUCUUAUAUUCUUUUUUGUUUACAAGUAUUCUGUCAACUGUUAGAAGAUUACACAGUGGAUAGGGUGUUUUAUUUUCGAUCUUAGCAUUUUGAGUUAUUUAUCUACGUUUGGUCGUACAUAAGAGCUCCAGUAUGCAUGACGCAUACGAACCAGUUCCUAUCCUGGAGAAAUUACCCCUCCAGAUUGACUGUCUGGCGGCCUGGGAUGAUUGGCUCCUUGUGGGGACCAAACCAGGUCAUCUUCUUUUGUACAGGAUCAAGAAGGAUGCAGGUACGAACAGGUUUGAAGUUACAUUAGAGAAGUCCAAUAAGAACUUCUCAAAGAAGAUUCAGCAGCUUUUUGUGGUGUCACAGUACAAGAUUUUGGUUAGUCUGUUGGAAAAUAACAUUCACGUUCAUGACCUGCUCACCUUCCAGCAAAUAACUGUGGUAUCCAAAGCCAGAGGGGCCACACUGUUUGCCUGUGACCUGCAGCAGUCCAGCUCAGGUGAGGCCAAACUGCGCAUGUGUGUUGCAGUCAAGAGGAAAAUUCAGCUGUAUUACUGGAAGGACAGAGAAUUCCAUGAAUUACAGGGAGAUGUCGCCGCUCCAGACAUUCCCAAGUCCAUGGCUUGGUGUGAGAACUCCAUAUGUGUGGGUUUCAAACGAGACUACUAUCUUAUCCGGAUGGACGGACGUGGCUCAGUCAAAGAACUGUUCCCCACUGGGAAACAGCUGGAACCAUUGGUGGCCCCAUUGGCUGAUGGGAAGGUCGCAGUGGGUCAAGAUGACCUCACGGUAGUUUUGAACGAAGAAGGAGUCUGCACUCAGAAAUGUGCUCUUAACUGGACCGACAUUCCUGUUGCAAUGGAGCACCAGCCACCAUACAUCAUAGCAGUGCUGCCACGCUACGUGGAAAUCCGCACCCUUGAGCCCAGACUGCUGGUGCAGAGUGUAGAACUGCAGAGGCCACGUUUCAUCACCUCCGCUGGAUCAAAUGUUGUGUAUGUUGCUAGCAAUCAUUUUGUUUGGCGUCUGGUGCCCAUCUCUAUAGCUAGCCAGAUACGACAGCUGCUUCAGGACAAACAGUUUGAACUGGCACUACAGCUAGCGAAAAUGAAGGAUGAUUCAGAUGCAGACAAGAGACAACAGAUCCAUCACAUUCAGAAUCUGUUUGCCUUUAACUUGUUCUGUCAGAAACGCUUUGAUGACUCCAUGCAGGUGUUUGCUAAGUUAGGCACAGAUCCCACUCAUGUUAUUGGACUGUAUCCAGACCUCCUUCCCUCUGACUACCGCAAACAGUUGCACUACCCCAACCCUCUGCCCGCACUGUCUGGAGCCGAGCUAGAGAAAGCCCACCUGGCCCUCAUAGACUACCUGACACAGAAACGCAGUCAUUUAGUGAAGCAGCUAAAUGACUCUGACCCCUCCACCACCUCCCCUCUCAUGGAGGGAACCCCCACCAUCAAGAGCCGCAAGAAGCUCCUUCAGAUCAUCGACACCACUCUGCUUAAAUGUUACCUCCAUACCAACGUAGCCUUAGUGUCUCCACUCCUGCGCCUAGAGAACAACCACUGUCACAUAGAGGAGAGCGAGUAUGUGCUGAAGAAAGCCCACAAAUACAGCGAACUCAUCAUCCUCUAUGAGAAAAAAGGCCUUCAUCAGAAAGUUCUGCAGGUUCUGCUGGAUCAGUCCACUAAAGCCAACUCCCCUCUGAAGGGUCAUGAGAGGACUUUACAUGCUUUGGUAUAUUUCUGCACAGGUGUGGAGAAUCUGGGCAUCAUAUUUGAAUUUUCACCGUGGGUUCUGAAGAUUUGUCCAGAGGAUGGACUGAAGAUCUUCACUGAGGACCUGACUGAGGUGGAGACUCUACCCAGAGAUAAGGUGUUAAACUUCCUGAAGGAGGGCUUCAAGGAGCUGGCCAUCCCGUACCUGGAGCACAUCAUUUACAUGUGGGACGAGACACGGCCUGAGUUCCACAAUGUUCUGAUCCAGCUCUACCUGGAGAAGGUGCAAGGCCUCAUGAAAGUGUAUCUCAACUCACUGCCUGAAGGUGUUCCAGCUGUAGCUGCAGGAAAGGAGGCAGGAGAGCUCGGAGAGUACAGGAAUAAGCUUCUGUCAUUUCUGGAAGUUUCCAGCAGCUAUGAGCCAGAGAGACUCAUCAGUGAUUUCCCAUUUGAUGGUCUGUUGGAGGAGAGGGCUCUUCUUCUGGGUCGUAUGGGGAAACACGAACAGGCUCUUUUCAUCUACGUUCACAUUCUCAAAGACACACAUAUGGCUGAAGAGUACUGCCAUGGUCAUUAUGAUCCAUCAACAAACGGCAAUAAAGAUGUGUAUUUGUCCCUGCUGCGCAUGUAUCUGUCUCCUCCAGACGUGCACUUCCUCGGGCCCAUCAAGAUGGAGUUAUCUGAGCCACAGGCGAACCUCCAGGCGGCCCUGAAAGUUCUUCAGCUCCACCACAGCAAACUGAACACCACUAAAGCCAUAAACCUACUGCCAGCCAACACACAGAUCCGAGAGAUCCAGGUCUUUCUGGAGAGUGUGCUGGAGGAGAAGGCUGGGAGGAAGCGCUUUGACCAGGUCCUGAAGAGCCUCCUACAGGCCGAGUUCCUGCGGGUACAGGAGGAACGUAUCUUUCACCAGCAGGUGAAGUGUGUCAUCACAGAUGAGAAAACCUGCAGAGUGUGCAAGAAGAAGAUCGGAAACAGUGCCUUUGCCAGGUAUCCAAACGGUGUGGUGGUUCACUACUUCUGUUGUAAAGAUCGCAACGUGUGUCCAGCAGAGUAGUGAAACCUGCAGGCUGGAGAUGCCAAAAACGGCGAACACGGAGAGCUCAGCAAACGUGACACAUCUGUGUGAAAACGCCAGACUGACGCGCCGCCCAAGGAAAUGCCAAUCUCCCUCUCUGUCUCUCUCUCACUCUUUCCAGGGGAAUGGCAAAGCCGACACAUCUGUCUGAUGAAAUUAAUCAACUCCAAGGUAAAAAAACAAAAAAAACUAAACAAAAAAAAACUAUGGUGACAGUGAGGCUAAAUUUAGAUUUAUAAAGUGUAUUACUAUGGAAGCUUUGCCUAAAUGCACAGCACAGACCCUGGCGUCUCUCUUUCCCCCGAGAAGUGCUUAUUCCCUCACGACCCACCUUUUCUUCUUCGCGUACAGUGCACCUUUUCAUCCAGCGUGACGCUUUGUCCGACGCCUUUAGUGGAAAGUAAAGGCCUGUGUUUGUGUGCACCUUCAGGUGCUCAGGACUGUUAUUCUGAGCUGCUCUGCUUCACUCUGUUAGCUUGAGAUGAAAUCAGACUCCAGAUAAAAACCUUAAUGUGGCCCCUCUACAGAAAGGCCAGCACUGGCAUACACCCUGCAGGAGAAACAAGUGGAUCAUUUACAGUCAGAUACUGGUUGCCAGCCACUUACUGUAAUUUAAUUGCAAGUUAUUUAGUGUAAUCAAAGAAUAUAGAAAAAUACUGUGUUGUCAGUAAUGCUGUAGUUCACCAAAUGCAUUUACCAGUACAAUCUGAUAAAUUACUGUAUUAUUUAAAAAUACAGUAUUUUCCUGUAUUCUGAAAUAAUUAAAUUACUUUCACUUCCUGGCAAAUUCUGGCGUACCAGUAUUUCAAGGAGAAGUCCACUUCCAGAACAACAAUUUACAGAUAAUGUACUCACCCUCUUGUCAUCCAAGAUGUUCAUGUGUUUCUUUCUUCAGUCGUAAAGAAAUUGUGUUUUUUGAGGAAAACAUUUCGGGAUUUUUCUCCAUAUAAUGGACUGAUAUGGUGCCCUGAUUUUGAACUUCCAAAAUGCAGUUUAAAUGCGGCUUCAAACGAUCCGAAAUGUGGUUGUAAAUGAUCCCAGCUGAGGAAAAGGGUCUUAUCUAGCGAAACGAUCGGUUAUUUUCAUUAAAAUAAUACAAUUUAUAUACUUUUUAAUGUCAAAUGCUCGUCUUGUCUUACUCUUCCUGACCUCAUCUUAUCAAAAUCAUCUUAUAUCAAAUUUUUUCUUUUUUUUUUUGUUAAGGAUAUUUGAUCUUCUUUGCAUGUUCACUUCUUUGCAUGUUCACUUCUGCAGCGAUGUAGGAUGAUUUUGAAAUGAUUUUUGAGUUUCUCGACAACCCUAACUGUCUUGAGGCAGAAUACACAGAGUUCAAGGAGAGUAAGACAAGACCAGUGUUUGAUAUGAAAAAGUAUUUAAAUUGUAUUAUUUUAAUGAAAAUAACCGAUCAUUUCAC